AUGUCAAACUCACAAUCACACGCACUACCAGCUGGCGUUUUCGACGCUUACCUCCCGUCAGUGCUGACUGAUGAGGAUCAACUUUUCGAGUCGCUCGAUGUUCUGGUAAACUCAGUGGGCAUCGAUGUCAGCACCUUUUGCACAGGACAUCGACAGGAUGCUCCACUGUUCGAUUCGAUGUCGGCUGAUACUGAGGCCGCUGAAACAAUUCAAGAUAACACCGACUAUUCAAUGCAGAGUCAAUUUUCUAAUACCGAUGACAUCGAUACUUAUCUUUGCGAAACAUCGAGUGUCAUACCACAUCCUCCAAAUGUAUUUCUAUCAACAUCAGUGAUGAGUACAUAUGACACUAAACAAAGUUAUAUUUCAUCACCGAGCUCGCCGAAGUAUGUCAACUGUAAACAGAAAAGAAACUUUCUUGUACAUGAUCACACAACAGGCAAAGACCGCCGUCCAUAUCUUUACGAAUUUCUUCGCAUGCUAUUAGAAAAUGGUGAAUAUUCACACAUUAUCCAAUUCAUCGAUCGUAAACAAGGCGUUUUCAAACUUCUCAAACCUCAGGAUAUUGCUGAACUAUGGAGAUAUGCGAAAGGACGCAAUAGCGAUAACGAAAUGACAUACGAUAAAGUUGCUCGAGCAUUACGCUACUACUAUAGUAGUGAAAUCAUGCAGCCAAAUCCCGGUCGCUAUACUUUCAAGUUUGGACCUAAAUCCGGUUUUGGCAAGUCUUGGUGGCCAGUCUGCUAA